AUGUCCAAAACCGCCAACGAGCCCAUCGCCAUCGUCGGCAUGGGCUGUCGCUUUGCUGGCGACGCCACUAGCCCGUCGAAACUCUGGGACCUCCUGUCCUCCCCCCGUGAGGUGGCGCAAGACAUACCGCCCACGCGUUUCAACAUCGACCGCUUCUACCAUCCCAACCCCACGCACCAUGGCACCACGGCCACCAAGCAGGCCUACCUUCUUAGCGAGGAUGUGCGCCUCUUUGACACAAAGUUCUUCGCCAUCCCGCCCGCCGAGAGCGAGGUCAUCGACCCCCAACAGCGCCAGCUGCUCGAGGUCGUCUAUGAGGCCCUCGAGUCGGCUGGCCUGGCAUCGGACAAACUCGCCGGCAGCGACACGGCGUGUUUCGUUGGACUCAUGUCACAGGAGUACUUCGCUCUUCAGGGCCAGGAUGUGAACAUGGUGCGCACGUAUGCCGGGACCGGCACGGCCGCCAGCAACGCGUCGAGUCGCGUGUCGUACUUUUUCGACUGGCACGGGCCGUGUAUGACUAUCGACACGAGGAUGGUGACGAGGUCCUCAGCGUCAUCCGCGAGAUUGGCGUCAACCACGAUGGGAGAACCAAGGGUCUUACUAUGCCCAGCUCAGCUGCCCAAGCGGCUUUGA